UAUGUAAAACCUACGAGCAAAACUAAAAAUAAAAGAAAAACAAUUCUUUGUGAGAUAUUCUUCUUCGCGUUGGUGUUCCUUAAGCUCAGAAUCAGAUCCGCUUGCUUCGCCGACGAGGUGACGCAGAGAAGCUCUCCUUCAUUGUUAUCCAGCUUCCGUUUUUCAAAAGAAUCACAAUGGACGGUGGUGACGUGGCCACGCCUGUACAAAAGAAGGCACACGAGGCAUGGAGAGUUUACAAAUACUACCUCGACAAGACCACACCUCACUCAACCUACAGGUGGAUUGGCACAUUCGUUGUCUUUCUCAUCUACUGCUUGAGAGUUUUCUCCAUUCACGGUUUCUACAUCAUCUCCUACGGUCUCGGCAUCUACCUCCUCAACCUCCUCAUCGGCUUCUUGUCUCCCCUCGUUGACCCCGAGCUCGACGCUGCCUCUGAUGGUGGUGGUGCUUCUCUCCCUACUCGUGGCUCUGAUGAGUUCAAGCCUUUUAUCCGCCGACUCCCUGAGUUCAAGUUCUGGUACUCCAUGACGAAAGCAUUCUGCAUUGCCUUUCUCAUGACGUUCUUCUCGGUUUUUGAUGUUCCCGUCUUCUGGCCUAUACUGCUUUGCUACUGGAUCGUUCUCUUUGUCCUCACCAUGAGACGCCAGAUCUCCCACAUGAUCAAGCACAAGUACAUUCCUUUCAGCAUCGGUAAACAGAAAUAUAGCGGUCGGAGAUCUGCUGGCUCUCGUGCUGAUUGAUUGAUCCAGAAGAACGAGAAAAAAAGGGAGAUAGGGUUCAAAAACCAAUUUGGAGUGUUUUUUGUAGUGUGAUGAAUUGAAUCAAAUUCCCUAUCAGCUACCUAUUGGCAACAAGGGUGUGAUUAGUUUAAUCUGUUAUAUGUUGCAAGAAAAAUGUUCUUUGUUAGUUCCCCUUUAAUCCUAAGUACUUCUGUAAAUAUGGAUUUACUUUUAUUUCGAAACACAUUCAUUCC